CCGUUUUCCCGCAAGUUAAGAUGGCUGCAAUAUGCGUUACCGUUGGUUUUGAGGACUAUCCUUCAGCGAGUUGCAUGCGAUAUGAACCAGAACACUGACAAUACUUCAUCAAAACCCCCCAAGAAGUCAGGUCGAUCCACCAGCCCAAGAGCAGUAGAGGCAAGGAGACUUCAGAAUCGGCUAGCUCAACGAAAUCACCGACGUAGGCUUCGAGAGUCGAAUCAAGAAAGUGAAUCAAUACCUCAAGACGCGGAGAAUGAGUCUAUGUCCUCCGACGGGCACCCACACCACCACCAGCCUACGCAUAGUAGAAGCGAAAGUGACCUUUCUCUCGAGCAUCAUCCUCCCUUGAUUCCAGAUUAUAGUCUUGCCGAGUCGAUACCUGGUGGGCCACAGAGCAUCAGUGGUACCUCAACAUCAGCCAUUUCGCUGUUAGCUCAUGAUUCUCAAGGGACUGACGAUCUGUCAUUGCAACAGAUGAACGCCAAUAUGGCACAGUCACAAUCGACAUUCAUGGCUCACAACUGUGGCUGCAACGGUAUCACGGGUCCGUGUGCGGCACAUGUUGAAAUGAUAUGGGCUCAGUCGUCCGUUAGUACGUCGUCUUCAUCGCAAGGUCAGAACUUCUCACGGCCACCAAGUCGACCUGAUCCCCCCAAAUCAAGUAACGAGUCUAGUCCGCCAUUUCCUCAUACCGGUUCAGGGAACCUAGACAACGUUGCGUUGCACCCGACGUUCAUCAACGAAUUCUCUACCAACAUAGCCAACUCUGCCGUCUCGACGAACGAUCUUUGGUCGAAUACAAAGAAUACUCCAGCUGUUACUGAAGAGACGAGGAGAUUUGAGAUGGUAUUAGAGAUGGUGCGAACGGCGGGGUUUCAAGAUUUAGAAAGUAUGAUGGGAGCUUACUACACAUCUCAAUUUGAGCAGGACAGUCUUCCUGCCAUGGCACAAUCGACAAGCCGCAGCCGGAGGUUGAAAUCUUUGCUAAAAGAGAUAUCGGAUAGUAGCACUUCGUGGCCACGAUGGCAAUCACGUGGCUUCUACGAAGUUGUCGCUAAUAUGACUGCUUCAAUCUGUACGGAUGAGAUGGAUCAAAUCGGCGGAUCAAAUCCUUACAUGUCACACCCGACCACGUCCCAUGAUGAUCUAAGGAGAAUGAUAAUAGCGCUCGAGCGGCUGGUCAAAGAUACCGAAGCUCACAAAUUGCAUCAUCAUAAGCAAAUGGGAGUAAUGGAGGCUAUACCAGAUACGAUGCCGCAUCUCUGGGCGUUACUCACAGAAACAGCUGGUGGGUCCAGUGUUUACUGCGAGCGAAUUAUCAAAGCCGUGCUCUUGAUCCUGUUACAUGCGCGGAACGCCGAGUGA